GACAUUUCUUUCAAGUAUUAUCUUUUUCAAUUUUACAGAUUCACUGAGCUCACACGCAGAGGACUGGGACGAUGGUGAAUCAGAAAUCGAUGAUCCCGAAACAGUGCCACGCCUCUACCAAGGUGACAUCGCUAUUGAUCCUUAUACCUACAUAUCACUUAGGCUUGGCGUUAAUCCAAUGAAGCAUCCAAAACGUUUGUGGCCAAACGCCACUAUUCCCUUCGAAAUCAGCCAUUUGUAUACCAACAAUGAACGGAUGGCCAUAGAACGUGCCUUGAAUACAUUUAAUGCUUUAACCUGUAUUAAUUUUAAACCCUUUGACGGCGAGGAAGAAGAUUACGUACUAAUUACACCGCCGGUGGAUGACGCGCCCGCCGGUUGCUGGUCGUUUGUGGGUAAACGUGGUGGAGAGCAGGUAGUGUCAUUACAACAACCGGAUGAUAAAAGCGCACAUUGCUUCAACAGCGAAGGGCGGAUUAUGCACGAGCUUAUGCAUGCUAUUGGAAUUUAUCACGAGCAAUCUCGAGCUGAUCGAGAUAAUUUUGUAAAAAUACACUGGGAAAAUAUCGUACCGAAAUAUCGUAAAAAUUUUAAAUUGAUUUNAAUAGUCUC